AUGGGCAAGUUGAGAACCGCUGCUCUGGACCGUCCUGGAGACUCGGCUCACUCCUAGCUGCUCAGGCAGAUCCCGGUGCCUGCGGGGCUGAAGGGGGCCCAGGGUCUGCACUGCUCCCUGGGUGCUGCUCCCUGCAUCUCUGUGCCGGGCCUUGAGGGACUCUGCUGCUACUUGUCCUGCCGGGUGCCAGGGUUCAGGGACUUCGUGCCAGAGGAUGUGGCUGUGACAGCUGCUGCGCUCAUGGUGGUCAGUAAACUUGUCCACAGGGCUGUCCACACACUCCAGCACACUUCCCAAGUGCCCACGGAACUGGGUGAUGGUGGGCACUUCCUGGGCCCUCGGGGGCUGGCUGUGGAUGCCUUCCUGGUAACAGACUACGUGCCUGGAGCUGUACAGAGCUUCACAUUGGCACCCACUUUGGAGCUGCUGGUCCCAGCCUCCAGGCUGGGUCUGGAGGGGCCCUGCUGGGUGGGCCUGGGGUCUACAGGGCCUUUUGUGAGUGAGAAGUUUGGGGAUGUUUAGCUGUUCCGAAGUGCCUGCCAGCCACUGGGCUCCCUGGGGGGCCUAAUGGGCCACAGCUUUGGCAACCUGCUGGGUGUGGCCACUGACUCAGAGGGUAACGUUACUGUGGCAGACAAGCAGCAGUGUCAGGCUGACCCUUUCCCUUGGGCUAGGACAGCCUUCUGCAUGGUGUUCAAGGGGCCGGGGAAGCCCUUGGGCAUGGCCUCUGUGCCCCAGAGCAAGCUCAUGGUGAUGGACGCAGGGGCCAGCUACAUGCAUCACUCAUAG